AUGUCUGCUCUGAACCACGGAAACUUCCAUAACGGUCACAAUCAGUUCUCGUUGGAUACGCCUUACACUGACGCCGGGCAAGAGGAUGCACUGGCUGGUCUUAAUGACUUUCCGCAAGACAUGUACGGCCAGCCAGGAAAGGCAGACUUCACGGCCAACAUCGACAACUUGAACCAUGGCCAUACGCCUGACUUUACCCAGCAACAAUUUCAGUACAACGGCCAGGCUAACCAGCUCUUCAAUGGCAAUGUACCUCAAUACACCGACGCUCAACUGAUGCCCCAGCAUGGCCACCAGGCACCAGCGCAACUACAGCAGCGCUUCGACUCAGUUCCUCAGUCCUACUCGCCGGCUCCCCAGGCUUAUGUCCCAUCGCCACAACAACACCAGGCUCAGCCUGAACGAGUCUUCUCCCAGUCGCCUCACCCCUUCCAGACUCAACAGUCCCAUCAGCAGAGCAACCAAGGCUUCUCUAACCCGACUCCGCCUCCCUUCCAGCAGAACCAAGCUGCGCCUUACCAGCAGCACAAGUUCGUUCCUCAACCAAUAUCAUAUUCGCAGUCUGCAGUAAGACCUGCGUUCCAGCCUGUCGCUGCGAAACAGAUGCCUGAUCAAGAGUCGACUCCCCAGCAUACAUCGCAGCCUUUAGCACAGCAACAACCUGUCCAUCAAGCCAAGGCGGUUCCCUCACCAGCUCGUAAUGUCCAGCCACAGCAGCAGCCACACCUACAGCCCAUUGCGGCAGCACCUGCUUCUCAACCUGGCACACCCACCAUCGACCCAGCCCUUCAACCUGAGCCCUUGAAGAAGCGUAAACGUGUUACAAAGAAAGAAGGAGAGGUGGAACGGUCGGAUUCCCCGAACCUGAAGAAAGAUGACGAUGGCGAAACUUGGGUCUUGCCUUCGAGUACUGAAGAAGAGAUCGUAGCCAUGGAGAAGUUUAAGAAACGCACCGCUGCGUCCAAAAAACAGUUUCCGCCUAUCCCCGGGGCAUCUUUCCUUAUUUCUUCGGGCACCGUCAAAUUAGCCGCGCCCAAGAGCUAUGAUAGACUCGCACCCCUUGUUGCUUUGCCAUCACCAAGUGGACGGCCAAUUCUUCCGGAGCUCGGUCGUGACCUUCCCUGUGAGAUCCAAGGCAGGUUCACUGAUAAGUACAGACCAUCGAUGAACUUUGUCGGGCAACCAGGAGAUCGGGAGACGGAGGCCAAGGCUCUUAUUGAGCAGUAUGGACGCGAGAUGGGGGAUCUCAAAUCUGGCCGGCCUAAAUAUUCGGAGUUCCCUUUCACGUUUCAGGAACAACUGAAGGCUGAUGAAGCAGCCAAAUCCAAAGCUCAGAGAAAAGCCCGAAAGGAAGAGGAGGAAGAGCGAAAAAGGCCCAUCCGUCCUGAGACGCGGCCUGCCGAUCCUGUAGAAGCUGCCGUAUGGGAUAUCCUGGGCAUUGUCUAUAUUGACCCUUCAGCCACCAGAACGACUGCCCUUCUCGGCACUGCUGUGCAGGCUCUGGGUGAAUUCCUCGUCAAGCUCAGGUCGGAGGUGAACCGACUGAAACAGGAGGUCGAUCAGGCCAACAAGGAAAAAAAGCCUGCAUCUGUCAUUGCCGAAUGGAACAGUAAAAUGCAUGUGAAGAGAGAGAUCUUUACUAGGGUUUGCGAGGCAGCCGCUAAGCACGGCGAUGAAGCCGUGUUAGAGAACUUUGGCGGCCAUCAGAAGGGCAUACUGAGUCUCGUCAACAUGUUGAUUGGCUGCAUCAAGGCAGCUGACUUCAGUGGACCAUUGCCAAAGGCCCUCCUUCGCUUUAUGUCCAACAUCAGCAUACACAAGAAAGUCGCAGAGGCUGUGAACUUCGAAAAUGUCCGGAAGCGGUUUGCGGAUAAAGGCGACGAUGAAGUCAAGGAACUGGUUCGUACUAUCGCGUCUCGGAUCAAGAAGGAUGCGGAGCCAAUCAACGGCGUUGACGUCAAAAAGACAUCUUCGACAGCCCCGGUUAGUAAAACACCAAAGCCCGCUGCGAAGCCACUUGAUGGCUCCCCUGCAAAAAGAGCUCGCGAUGACGACAGCGACUCUCGCACUGUCAAGAAGGUGGCCAUCGAAUCAACGAACAACACUUUGGGUAACAAACUGGGGGCGAAGCCUGCUGCUGGUUCCCUUCAGUCCAAGUUCGGCGCUACAAAACCUCGCCCGACUGCUUCAACGUCUCUUGCAGGGAAAAUCCGAGCUCCCGCGCCCAAACCAGGCGGAAGAGAUCCUGUCAAACUCGAACCUACGAAAUUUGAAGGGUCGACUUCGUCCGCAAUGGACGUUGACAAGAAACCAGUGCCAUCCGCGCCCAAACCUGAGCCGAAAGUGCCCGCGGCGAAGGCUGCCGCAACCUCAGGCCUGGCUUCUUCAAGUAUCGCCUCUCUACUCGACUCCAUCAAUACGCCUAAGGCGGAUGGGCCCUCAACCCAAGCGAAGGAUUCGAGUAAGAAGGAAAUUGCAGAGACUCCCGAGGAAAAGGAAAAGCGACUCCGCAAGGAAGCUCGCCGGAAGCUUCGUGUCAGCUGGAAACCCGAGUCAGAGCUGGUACAGGUUCGCAUCUUCCACAAGGAGGCCGCUGAAGACCAGGACAACAUGACCAAGGACGCGGCAGAUGAUCGAUCUGAGGGAAUGAUGCUCAAGCAGCGGUCCUACAAUGAAGACGAGGAUGAGGACGAGGAUCUGCCAGAGAAACCCUGGGUCAAGCCGAUCCUUGCCAAUCUAUCCAGGAUUCCUCAGGACUACCGCGAUAAGGCUUAUGUUACUCGUGGAGGUAACCUUACUUUCCAUACGGAGGAACAGAAGGCUACUGAGGAACGAGAGAAGAAGGAGCUAAUGGUUACAUACAUGGACGUCUCGGACAUCCCGCCAACUCCCAAGUCUCCGCCGCCCGAGUCCGCAACGCUCAGCUCCCUGGGCAAGACCUCACAGCUCCCUCAAGGAGAGCCGAAGUACGACGAGAUUCACAAGCGGUGGAAGGAGGCCCAAGUGUUCGGCUGGGAAGCAGCGGGAUACUACGCGCGCAAACGCCUUGAUGCUCAAGAUGAUCCCGCUACGAAACUCAACUCGAUCCUGGGCAACCUCAAGCCAAUCGCGCCAGCGGUUGAGCCUGAACCAUACAACAUGACCCCACCCAAGGAGAAUGCGCAACCCAUCCUGCCUCAUGCUGCUGAAAUGCAACAUGUUCCGGCAAUUCCGUUCGAUGACGAGGUCUACGAAAUUCUCACCUCGGACAAAGUGAAGAAUUGGCAGGAUCUCGUUCCCUUCAACCCCGCAGCACCGCAGACCCAUCGACGCUACGACUACCCUGACUCGACUAUCCAGGCGGCUGCCGACAACGUAGAGGAAGCAGCGGAAACGUUGAGAGGACUGCCAUAUCCCGCAACUAGCCCGCCCGCAUGGCUUACCAGCAACCAAGAAAGAGUAAGGGAGUGGUGGACCGGGUAUCAAAAGGAUUCAGCGGCGAGAGCGAAGAAGGAGGCGGACGAUGAGGCUCGCACUGAGCCUGAGGUUGAGGCACAAGUACAACACCCUGCAUCCCAGACUCAAGACCAGAAAGACGCUUGGGCUGCGUACUACCAGCAGCAGGAGCAGCAGUACGCCCAAUAUAUGGCGAUGCUGCAGGGUAGUCAGCCUCAACAGCCAGCCCAACCUGUUCCAGCGCCUACCCUGGCAGGCGACAAUCAGCUUCAGGCCAUUCUUGCUCAAAUGGGUCAACAACAGCCGGCGUCCCAAGGCAAUCGGCAGCUGGUCGACUACAGCGACCGAGACACUAGAGACGAGUUCGAGCCCCACGGCGGGCGCGAGCGCGAUAAGGAACGCGGCCGCGAAGGGAGAGGCGGCAAGCAGGGAAAGAACCGCAAAGGCAACGCUCCUGGCGGCGCCACGCUCCCUCCUCAUCGUCCAGUCAACCGCGCCCUCAUCGGAACCAAACCGUGCAGCUUCUGGCAGCAAGGCAAAUGCGCUAGAGGCGACAAGUGCACAUUCAGACAUGACACCUAA